AUGUCCUCGUCCACAUCCAAUUCCGCCGCCCGGGGUGGUCGCCUGGAGCAGGCCAUCACCAAUCCAGGAUCCGUCAAGAUCAACGUCAAGGGCGCCUUUAUCGUUGAUGAUGACCCACGAUCUAAGAGUCCCGUAAGAACUGACGGAGUUCAUUACGAGGGCCAUGAUAUUCGUCUUCCACAUCACACUGGUCUGGUGAGCCAUGUGGCUGUAGACAUUGGCGGAUCGCUAGCGAAAUUGGUUUACUUCACACGGGAGCUGGACUCUGUCGACAAUGGCGGUCGACUAAACUUCAUUAAUUUCGAAACAUCCCGCAUUGAUCUGUGCAUUGACUUCAUAAAGCAACUGAAAGAGGAACACGAAAAGCUCGGCGGGCCAUCCGGAGAUGCUUUAUGUGUAAUGGCUACGGGCGGAGGCGCCUUCAAAUACUACGAUAAGCUCAAGGAAGCACUCAAUGUGGACAUUAUUCGGGAGGACGAGAUGGAGUGCCUUAUUACGGGCCUUGACUUCUUCAUCACUGAGAUACCGAACGAGGUCUUUACCUACAGUGAAACCGAGCCGAUGCAGUUUGCCGAGGCCCGACCGGAUGUUUACCCGUAUCUAUUAGUCAACAUUGGCUCCGGUGUAUCAAUGAUCAAAGUAUCAGGUCCCAAGCAGUUCCAACGUGUGGGCGGCACACACCUCGGUGGCGGUACGUUCUGGGGCAUAAUGUCAUUAUUGACCGGUGCCCGCACCUUCGACGACAUGCUGGCAAUGGCGGACCGAGGGGACAAUAGCGGGGUAGACAUGCUGGUUGGUGACAUUUACGGCAUGGAUUACAGUAAAAUUGGUCUCAAAAACACUGCAAUUGCUAGUACAUUUGGCAAGGUCUUCCGUAUGAAGAACCAGACGGAGCCGGACUUGGAUGGGGAAAGUUCUUCCAACGGCGAAGCCGGCCGAACUAAUGGCGAGCCGAAGUUCCAGCACGAAGACAUGAGUAGGAGCCUACUUUAUGCCAUAAGUAACAACAUUGGGCAGAUUGCCUAUCUGCAGUCCGAAAAGCAUCAAGUGAAACACAUCUACUUCGGCGGUUCGUUUAUUCGCGGUCAUCGGCAGACCAUGAACACCUUGUCCUACGCCAUUAAAUUCUGGUCCAAGGGCGAGAAGCAAGCCUACUUCCUGCGCCACGAAGGCUAUAUCGGUGCAGUUGGCGUAUUCCUCCGUAGGCAGCCAGCUAACUGGGGCCGGAGGAAUAGCAUCGAUGAGAAAACCAUGCCGCAGGUGGCCAAAAUGGUAGCCGAAGCGCAGCAGAAUUCUGAUCCUCAGAACCAAUCAUGA